UAGUUUGUAUACGGAAUUGAAAUUUUUGAUGGUUAUUUCCUAAACUUUCCAAUCUCGUUUAGAACUAAAGUUUAUUCUAAGAUGGAAUAAAGCCGUAUAAAGCAGAAAGUAUUUUGAGUUGUGUAUAGGCACGCAAAGCUAAAAAAAUAUCACAAGAGCAUGAAUGAUCCUCAGCAACCGGUUCGAAACAGGAGUGAGACGGCUGUUGAAAACUCGGCUUCAGGCAGUGAGAUUCACCGUAUAGAAGCCAGUCUUCGCCAAGUUAAAACACAAUCUGCUAAAAUCUCCUACACAAGUAGUCUGAAAACUUCCCGAAAAGAAAACACAAAAAAAGAUGCUUCCCAACGUCAACAAUUGGAGGGCAAUUCUACAGAUCCUGAAUUUAAACAAAAUAAUGUAACUGAUCGCACUCGCUGUGUGUUUGGAAAGAAAAAAGAACGUGAAAAGGAAUUCACUGAUCUUAAAUUGUAUUUAAAAGAAAUUGCAAAUAAUAAAAUUGUUGAUAGUUGCAACGAAAAAGAUGCAGAUUCUAAAACACUUUCUACAAAAAGUGCAAAGGUAAGGCGUCCCACAUUUCGUAGAUGUAAAACGGAAAUUCUAGGGACCAAACCUGGAUCACAAACAGAACGCCAUUUAAAAACGGGAAUAUGUGUUAAACCAAGAUCAAAAUCAAGCCAACCAUCAGAAACAAAAUCGCAUGAAUUAUUGACCCCCGGCAGUACGAAACGCAAGUCCUAUAACGUCGAGGCAGCCCGUAAGUUUAUAGAUGAUCGGAGGCUUAGAAGACGCUCACAAGCUGCUUCUUCAAUAAAGUUUAACAAUGAAAAAAACGCAUUUGAAAAAGAGCAAAUUAAAAAACGACUCGAAGAUUUGCAUAAGAACUCAAGAGCAAUCAUUGCUAAAAAUGUUAAAAGAAAGAAACUACCUCUUGGUAACAAAAAUAUAAUCAAAAGUAACCAAAAAUCUGCUACAGAUCCUUGCAGAUCAAAUGAAAAUAAAUGCGAUCGAAUUUUAAUUCACGCAAAUGUUAAAAUGGCAAACGAAUAUAAAGAAACUUCAAAAAACUUCGCUUGUGAUGAUGAUCCAUCAACAAAAGAUAAAACAGUAAACCUUGGAGCAGAAGAUGAACGAAAAUUAAAAAACAUUGAUUCAGUCAUGGACCCGAGAGCAAAUGAAGAAAGUAAGGCCAUAUCGCCACAUACUUCGUAUCUGAACAAGAAACGGAUAGGAUUAUUACGAAAACAGGAAACUAAAGACCACUCAUUUAGUGCCAUUAGGGAAUUCAAUUUCGACAAGGAAAAUAUUGCACUGGAGAUGAUGACACCGAAAUGGCGCCAAACAGUUUCCCUUGAAUCGAAAGCAUUGCCAAAUGAAAUUGCUACAGUGCUGAAAGAGGUAGAAGAAAAACCAGUGGAAGUUACAUAUCGCAAGCCCGCUCCUACCAAAAAUACCUUGGAGUUUAAAAAUAAAGAGAACUCAAUAGUCGAUGGUACUGAUCCCAUUCAAAUAAGUAAUAAUGAACAAAUAUUUAAUUUGAGUGAUAAAAUUCAGGCCAUACCCCAGAAUGACCUUCCGUAUUGGCUUAAACCGAGUGCGGUGCAGAUUUAUCCAUACAAUUUCAUAAUGGCCGUAAGGCGUAAACUCGAAGCACUAGCUGAUGUAGAUCAACAAUCUACUAUCAAAAAAGGGUCUGCAAAAAAUUUGAGCAUGAUAACAUCCGAAAGUGAUGUACCAUUAGUGUCGAAAGCUAGCAAGAAAUCAAUUCAAGAAUCAGCAAAACAAUCAGGGGGUUCGGAAAGCAAAACAUCAUUCGGUGACUGUGAUAUAACAUUUAUAUCGGAUAUUGAAAACAAAUCAAAUCAAAAAUCCUCAAAACAAUCAUGCAAUUCAGAAAGUAAAGCAUCACUACUAGAAAAACGUUUGGUAGAUCAUACAAUAGCAAUAGAUAAAAGGGUUAAUCAAAAAUUGAUAAAUCCCAAAAUUAGCUCAGUACAAUCUCAAUCCGAGUUAAACUCGAAUCUUAGCUCUAUAUCAAUUCAAUUGAAGGCUUCUUCAAAUACCAUUUCGGAAACAGUAACCAAAAAAACUAAAAGUACUCCCUUAACAUAUGCAAGGCCAAAAAUAUCUGCAAUGCCAUCAGAAGAUGAUACCACAAUUUCCAGUUCAAUAUUUAAUAGCCCCGAGAGAAACAUUCGCCACAUAAAUGUAAGUAUUGAUGCCAAUAAUUUCGAGGAAAGACAGGGGGCAAUUAGCCCUUUGUCUCUUGAGCGUGUGGAGAAUCUAACGAUCACGUGCAACAAAAAACUUAAAAGAGCGAUUGCGGCAAGACAUGUGAAUACAAGUCGGGGUGAUAUACUUGAGCCAUCUGAAACAGAUCCAAGUCUUAUCCAUAAAGGCAAUUUUGGAAACGAAAUGGAUUUUAAUCAGCUGCUGGAGGACUUUAAUCGCAGUUUAUCACAAGUAAUUGAAGUGAAUGACCGUUUGAAAUCCACUAUUAAUAAAUCGCAUGAAAUUUGUGGCUGGGAGCAGAGUAGAGAACCCCCAGAACCUAGUUGCCUUAAAAAUUGGGAUGAGUAUACGGAGGAUUUUGAGAAAAACUCUAGUCAGCGAUAUCAAGAUAAUCACUCAGAAUCGUCAGAAAAUAGUAACAAGGCAAAUGUCAAAGGAACAAACAAAAACUAUAAAAAUGAAUCAAAUAAAUCAUCAGAAACUGGCUCUAUAGUACAUGGAUUAAAAGAAAUUGAUAAGUGUUCCAACUCGCUCUUGAAUCCAGUUAGUCAUGCUUAUAUCAAUUCUAGUUUCACUUCAUUAAAUUCAAACGCAUCGAUUGAAGUUUCAAAAAAAUCCAUGGAGCCUUCGUCACAAGAAUUAGAUAAACGCUUUCAAAACAUCGAAAAAGUAAGAGAAAUGUUUGAGACUACUAUUUUGUCCUCACAAAAAAUGAGAUGCAGCGAGAUAUGCCAGCAGAAGUCCGCGAGUAAUAAGGAAAAUAAAAGCACAAAAAUUACACAUCCCUUAGAUGAGCAAAAAGAAAGUCUGAACUCUGAUAGUCCAACUGAAGUUAUCCAAGCUGAAGUACAAAGCGAAGGAGGAAGAAAAAAUUACAGCUACAAUUCACAAAGGAAACAAUCCACGACAUCAUUCAAAAACGAAACCGAGCGCUGCGAUAAUAAUUUGUCAUCUUACGUUACUUCAAGCCAUAAAAUCCUAGAAAUGUUCGAACAUUCUGGUUUGGAACUUUCCUUGGGCUCCGUAAAUAACGAUAACUUAUCAGACUCGGCAUGCAGCUACUCAAAUGUUGGUUUGAGGCUACUAAUGGAUUGCGCUGUAGCGGCUAAAUGGAGGAUUCAUUUAAGUAUGCAUGUAAAGACUGCAACAUUGU